GGCUCGCCGACCAUCAGGGGCCGCUCUCGUUCCUGUCGAGCCGCUCUCAGCUUCCCGGGGGCACGAGCGGCGGCUAUGGGUUGGUUCUCAAAGAAGGCCGCCAAGCCAGCCGAGGCGAACGCGCCAGCUACCGGCCGCGCCUCUUCCUCAUCAAGGAAGAGCAAGUCGGACGCCGCCGCGCCGUCCGAGCCCGCUCCGGCCGAGCCAUCAGCGGAGCCGCCCGCUGGGGCAGAGGCGGAGGCGGUGACGGAGGUGGAGGCCAGGCAGGAGGUCGAGGCGUACGAGCCGACGGCCGAUGCGGCCAAGGCGGAAGGUGAGGCCCCCGCCGAUCCGGCUGCCACGCCAGCGGCGGACGAGGCGGAUGCGGCUGUGGACGCCUCGCGGCGCUCCUCCAAGGAGGUGAUCAGCGCGAGGAGUGAGGUCGCCGACGCGCCCGCGGACGAGGUGGUGGCGGAGGCUGCGGCGGACGGCGAGGCAGAGGCGGCCGGAGCGGCGGAGGAGGAGGGGGGGGAGGCGGCGGCGGCGCCCGGCCGCGACUCGAAUAUGUCGGACGCGUCGCAGGCAUCGACGGCCUCGCAGGCAGCCGACGCCAGGGCGGCGAUCUUUGCUCAGAUACAGGCGGCGGAGGCGGAGGCGGCGGAGGCGCCGAGGCCGGCUCCCGCGGCGACGGGCGGCCCGGCGGCGCUGAAGAAGUGGCAGCAGCAGGAGCAGCCUAAGGGCGACGAGAAGCGAGUCCGGGCGGUCAAGUUGGAGCGGGUCAAGGUGGAGGGCAGCUCGCAGCACGCCGAGGCCAUGCGCAACCUAAAGGACAUCAAGGCCAGCAUUCCCAAGGAGAAGACGAACUUCACCGCGCGAGACAAGGCGAUGAUGAAGCUUGAGAACAAGGCGAUGGGCCGUUCUCCCGCGUCGACGCCCGGCUCCUCCCCGGCGGGCUCCGAGGGGCGCGACUCCAUCCCGCGCGCGUCAAACGUGCGCAAGGCGAAGGAGGGGCUCUUCGCGGCGGCGGAGAAGGAGCCCGAGAGCAAGCUGUCGCAGGCCGAGGAGGCGACGCACAAGCACGCCCCAGAGAGCCAGCCACAGCACAUCACCGCCGCCCCACGCACCGCCGCCGCCCGGCCCGAGCCGCCGCCGACCCUCCGCAGCCCCGCCACGGCCACCCCCGGCGCCGCCUCCCCGACCCCAGCAGUACACCUCCCGACCCACGCACCCACCGACGCGAGACGUCGACCAAGGUUCGUGCGCUCACCAGCGCGAGGAAUGAACUGGUUGGUCGAUGCGGUAGGCGAAGCGCAAGCUCGCCAACCUUGGGGUGGUCGACAAGAGGGCUGCGUACGGCGUAAAGUCCAAGAGCGGGUCGCAGCACGCAAAGGCCCCGUCUUCCCAGCUCGCUGCUGCCUGCCUCCCU